UCUUCACGGCCAAAAAGCCAAAAGUUUCUGUCUUUAUACAUUACAUCUCAUAAGCAAGAUAGCUGUCUCUCUCUUUCUCUCCCUCGCAUUUAUUUUUAAGUUUUUUUGUCCACACAUAUCGUCUUCAGUUCUUGCAUCUGGUGAUGGUAAUCUUAACCAACACAUGGGAAAUCUCAACACAAUUCAAGCUGGAAAAGGAAGAAGAUCAAAGUACAAGAGAAAACUAUCUCUGGGUUCUUUCAACGACCGAGCUCAUGAAGGAAUAAAGACAGUAGAGGCGGAUAAUCUUUGCGAAUUCUCGAGAAAUUCUGACCUUUGCAUUUGCAUAGUGACUUGGAACAUGAAUGGACAGGUCUCAUAUGAAGAUCUGGUGGAGCUGGUUGGUAGCAACCGGAGAUAUGACAUACUUGUUGUCGGGUUGCAAGAGGUACCUCGAAACAAUAUUGCGCGAUUGCUGCAGGAUGCUCUAGUUGAAACACACGACUUGUUAGGAAAGGCAAUCAUGCAGUCUCUGCAACUGUAUGUGUUCGGACCGAAGAAAUCAGACUUGUUGAUCAAAGAGCUGAAGGUGGAUAAACAUUCAGUGGGAGGCUGCGGAGGAAUGAUGAGGAGAAAGAAAGGGGCCGUGGCAAUCCGUAUCAACUACAAAGGAUUCAGGAUGGUGUUUAUCACUUGCCAUCUCUCCGCUCAUGCUCGAAAUGUAGAAGAAAGGAAUUCAGAGUGCAGGCACAUAUCUCACUCUCUCUUCGCAAAGUAUUGGAACCCUUAUGCCCGGCCCUCCCAAAUCACCAUCUGGUUGGGAGAUCUCAAUUACAGGCUACAAGGCAUCGAUACACAUCCAGCUAGAACCUUAAUACAAAGAAACCUCCACAGGCUGCUUACAAGCAAAGGCCAACUCCUUCAGGAGGCCCAGAGAGGGCAGAUUUUCAAUGGAUAUUGUGAAGGAACACUUACAUUCAAACCAACAUAUAAGUACAAUAUAGGAAAUAGCAACUACGAUACAAGUUACAAGGUUCGAGUUCCGUCGUGGACCGAUCGAAUCUUGUUCAAGAUAGAAGAUCCUGACGAAAUCAGUGCAAGCUUGCACUGUUAUGAAUCAGUUGAUGACAUCUAUAGUUCAGACCAUAAGCCCGUGAGAGCCCACAUUUGCUUCAAACUUAGCAAAUAAUAACCCACAACGAUUUCCCUAGUGGGGUAAACAAAGGUAACACUGCCAUAGCAUAAUGCAGUGCCAAACUAAUAGAUAUUAGAUCCUUCAGAGAAAAUGGAUGAACCUGUAAUUUCCCUGCAGUAUCUUUUCAUGUCAGCAUGCAAGUUCCUGGCAAAACCAAAUGAUUCACCGCCCAUGACUCACAGUCGAAGAACGGUCAAUUUAGAUGAUGAAGACUUGGAUAUUUUUAUGCUACGCGUUCAUAAAAGCACACCAGCAAUGUAUAUUGGGAAAUUAAAGUUAGAAACCCAACAACAUUUAGUCCACAUGUGAGAAGUGGUCAGCUACCGUACUAGAUAUCUAGAAGGCAGCUUAAACUUAUUCCAUCCUUAGCUUAGAUCCUUCCAUUUGCCCUUUUUCAUGCGGAGCAUAUGUUUUUUUGGACAUUUCACAAUUGUCUUACAUGUAAACUUUAAACCCAAACCUAAAAAAACAUUGUUAAUGCUAAUGGGAAAGAGAGAUUAGCUUAUCAAUAGUUUCAACCAAGCCAUCUUUGUUGACAAUGAUUUGUUAUCAACCACUGCUUGA